ACUGACGUAAACCAUUGUACAUUUACGAAACUGCCCCUAAAGUCACGGCGAGUGCAUUUAUUCUCCCCAACACCGCGCGUACGUGUGCCACAGUGUCAGCGUCACUCUAAUGGUGGCUGAGCUUGCUCCCUCUAAUUUUUCCCAAUCGCGCACACACUGCUACGACAGUUACACUCCUUAUACUCGGUCAAUCCCCGGCAAAUCGUAACGGUCAUAUUUCCCCUUCCAACACCAAUUUUGUUUAUUCCCUCACAUUGAAUUCUGUUCAAUACUUCAUGGAACUUGUUCGUUUUUUCAUGCCAUUUUUAGGGUUCUGCGACUCAUCGUGAUUUCCAAUGAUGAAUUUUGAGUCUCGAAUUUGAUUAUUAUGGAAUAAUAUUAAUGUUACUGCUGGUACAAUUUUAGAAUUGGAAUUUUGGAAUAAGUAAGAACAAUGGUGGCUGCAAUUUCUACGGCGAUAAACCCCAAGCGAGCGCUGACGCCAACUCCAAGAAGAACACCUUUGUUACCUUCUGAAUCGGACAAUGCACUCGCUCCACCACGCAGGCCCAAAGCACGAGAAGUUACUUCUCGCUACAUGUCUUCUUCUUCGUCUUCGUCUUCCUCCGUUUCGUCUCCUCCGAGACGAUGCCAGUCGCCGCUGGUGGUGACGAGGACGCUGAAUUCUGCAAAACCGAAGCAAACGCCGACUCCGACUCCGACUCCGACGCCGUUUGCGAAGCGGUCUCAGUCGGUGGAGCGCCGGCGACAGGCUACUCCACGACCUAACGGAACGGAAGCUCCGGCUGCUCAGAAAAUGCUCUUCACUUCCACCAGGAGCUUGUCCGUCUCGUUCCAGGGCGAAUCGUUCCCGAUCCAGGUCAGAACGACGAAACCGCCGUCGUCGCAGAGUUUACGGAAGAGCACGCCGGAGAGAAGGAAGGUUUCAACGACGCCAACGCCGGUGAGAAACGGCAAUUCGGAUCACACCGAGAACGCCAGGUCACUAGAUCGGCACCGGUGGCCGGCAAAAUCUCAACCGCCGCGAGAAUGUGCUGAUUCCGCUGCGAGAAAACAAACUGACGCGCCGGCGAGCGUGGCUAGGUCGUUGCAGAAUGUCAUGGCGGACUUUCGAGGUUCUCACGACGCGACGACGCAGAGAUCGGAGAGCUACAAAACUAGCGGAUCUGAGUUUCAGCACGAGGCUGAUCCUGUUGCUUCUGAUACCGAAAGCGUAACCUCUGGAAGUUCCUCUGGAGAAGGAAUUCGAGGUUCUCGGGGACUCGUGGUGCCGGCGAGGUUCUGGCAAGAGCAUCAUAAUAACCGUUUGCGGCGCCAAACGGAAACUCCGUCUUCUAGAAACGGCGUAAUUGGAAACAAAGGAACGGUUAAUACUCCUAUUCCUAGUUCUAGACUUCUGGUGCAGAAGAAAACGGCGUUGGAUUGUCCUGUUUCGUCGCCACGUGGAGUUCUGAAUAGCCGUGCUCUUCAAGGUUCUCCGAUUCGUUCCGCGGUACGUCCGGCGUCUCCGAGUAAGCUAGCGACGACGCCGUCGUCGGUGUGGUCUCCUUCGAGAGGAGUGAGUCCGUCACGAGCGCAAAACGGCGUCGUUGGUGGCGUGAGUAGUAGUAGGUUCGGUGCUAGUGAACCUUCUGUUUUGAGUUUCGCUGUUGAUGUUUCGAGGGGGAAGGUAGCGGAGAACCGGAUUUUUGAUGCGCAUUUAUUGAGACUCUUCCAUAACAGGCUUCUUCAGUGGCGUUUUGUUAACGCCAGAGCUGAUGCUGCUCUCUCUGCGCAGACAUUGAAUGCGGAGAAAAGCCUCUAUGAUGCAUGGGUUGCUAUGUCCAAUCUACGAGAAUCUGUUAGAGCCAAAAGAGCAGAGUUUCAGUUGCUGAAGCAACAGUUCAAGUUAAUAUCCAUCCUGAAGGAUCAAAUGGUGUGUUUGGAAGAUUGGGCUACUUUGGAUCCGGUUUACUCUAGUUCACUUUCAGGAGCUACUGAAGCCCUAAGGGCUAGCACUCUUCGUCUUCCUGUAGUUGGUGGGGCCAAGACAGAUUUGGUAAAUUUGAAGGAUGCAAUUAGUUCAGCAAUGGAUGUGAUGCAGGCAAUGGCGUCCUCCAUAUGCCUAUUGUCGCCAAAGGUUGGGCAAUUAAAUUCGCUGGUUGUUGAAGUUGCCAACUUAACUGCGAAGGAGCGUGUUUUGCUUGAAGAGUGCAAAGACCUUUUGUCAGUGAUUACAACCAUGCAGGUUAGAGAGUGUAGCCUGAGAACGCAUGUUGCUCAACUGAAAUGCCAACCGUGAAGUACUACAGUGAAAAUAACAAGUAAUACAUUGGCUGACUAGCAUACUUUCAGUGCUAACAUCAUAACAUAGGAAUGGUAAUUUCGGCCUUGAAUUCAAUACAUGAAAUGAAAUCAUCAUUAUUGAUUGAGUAAAGCUAGUUAGUAUUUGAAAAAACAAAACAAAAAAAAUCUACAGAUAGCACGAAUAUCCUGGUCAAACAGGAUUUCAUCAUAUUGUACAAAGAAAUUCGUAAAAAGUAGUUGCUCUCUGAUUGGUUACACGCUAAGAGUGAGGGUUGAAACUUGUCGUUCGGGAGUUUCUAUACAAUUUUUUCUUUAAAAAAAAAAUCCUUGCCCAUUUGUCUUUUUUGUUAAAGGAUGUACAUAAACUGUGUAUCAUUUUUUUUUGUUUGUAUUUGUGUGUAUUAGCUUAUGGAAAAAAAUAUGUAGUCAAAAUGUGGAUACGAUUUGCUCUAUAUAAACCUUUUUCUACGACUUGCCCUUAGAAAA